AUGACCGCCUCCGCGAAGGCGGCCAUCGCCUGCCAGGACUCCUCCCGCUCCGCCAUCUCUCACAAGUUGGAGGAGGGGGGAGGUCCUGGCCAACCUCCACCUGUAGUGCGUGGCGGCGCACCGCCCAGGACGGACAGGCCCGGAGCGUGUGCACCACCGUGUCCACCGCUCCGCCACCGCAGUGGUAGCAGGCCUCCGUGGCUUCAUGGCCCAAUCGAUGCAGGUACUCACCGAAACAUCCAUGUCCGAUUUGACGAGAAAGAUAGUGUUUCUGGUAUACAACAAUUAAAAUCAUCAGUUCAAAAAGGAAUUCGUUCGAAACUUUUGGAACUUUAUCCUCACUUGGAGAGUUAUGUGGAUGCUAUAAUUCCAAAAAAGGAUGCUUUUCGAAUUGUAAAAUGUCAUGAUCACAUAGAAAUUAUAGUAAAUGCAGCAGGAGAACUUUUAUUUUUCCGCCAACGUGAGGGACCUUGGAUGCCUACCUUAAGAUUUUAUAUUUUAACACAUUUAAAAAUUUCAGACCCAUUCUUUUUACCAAUGCAACAAGUUGAUAAAGGUGCUAUCCGGUUUGUUCUUAGUGGAGCUAACAUUAUGUGUCCUGGUUUAACCUCGAAAGGUGCAAAGAUGACACCUGUAGAAAAGGGAACAGUUGUUGCUGUUAUGGCAGAAGGCAAGCAACAUGCUUUAGCUGUAGGUAUUACUACAUUGUCAACAGAAGAUAUAGUUAAAGUGAACAAAGGAGUAGGCGUAGAAAAUUGUCAUUACUUAAACGAUGGACUUUGGCAAAUGAAAUCUGUGAAAUAA